AUGUCGGAAUUUUAUGAGAACGAUGAAGACGUUCUACAAAUGAUCCAACAUAUAAAAAAAAUAACGAAAGAAUCUAAAAGAAAAUAUGAACUUGAUAUAGACAAUAUCGUUGAAGAUACAAAAAUUAAUCUAAUUAAUAAUGUAAAUGAUGAGAAAAAUAAUAUUAAACAAGAAAUUGAUGAUAAGAUAAAAAAAUUAAAGGAGGAUAUUAGAAAACAUGAAAAAAAUAUUAAAGACAAAAAUAAAUUGUAUCAAAAAUUAAAACGUGAAUUAGCUAAUGUUGUAAACAAUUAUAAGAAUAAAAUCAAGGAGUUUUAUUUACAAACUGAAAAUUUUAUGAAGACAUAUGAAAAUGAAAAAAAAGAACUCGACGAAUUAGAAGAUAAAGAAUGGAAAGACUUAAAUAUACAAUGUAUAGAAAUUCUAAAUAAUACAAAGUCAAAUAUAUACGCUACUAAAGAUGAAACUAGCGAAAAACUUAGAAAGGUAUUAAAAUCCAUUCUUUAA